CGUCAACUUUCCUAAUAGAGCUUUGUAAGAUGGCGAUGGCCGAACCGGAAAACAGUUUGUCUCAGCUCGAUGACGAUGUUGCUGAGGAUACAGGUCAGGAGAUUGUAAGCCCAGAGGCGUACAUUAAACACCCACUUCAGAACAGAUGGUCUCUCUGGUUCUUCAAGAACGACAAGAACAAAACAUGGCAGGCCAACCUGCGGCUCAUCUCCAAAUUUGACACAGUUGAAGAUUUCUGGGCUCUCUACAAUCACAUCCAGUUAUCAAGCAACCUGAUGUCAGGCUGUGAUUACUCACUCUUUAAAGAUGGAAUUGAACCGAUGUGGGAGGACGAGAGGAACAAGCGCGGCGGGCGCUGGCUGAUCACACUCACUAAGCAGCAGAGGAGAUUAGACCUGGACCGCUACUGGCUGGAAACUCUCCUGUGCUUAGUUGGAGAAGCCUUUGAUGACUACAGUGAUGACGUCUGCGGAGCCGUGGUCAACAUCCGCACAAAAGGAGACAAAAUAGCCGUCUGGACUUCAGACUAUGAGAACCGAGAAGCUGUCACGCAUAUAGGGAGAGUUUACAAGGAGCGUCUGGGUCUCCCUAUGAAGAUGGCGAUCGGUUACCAAUCCCACGCAGACACAGCUACCAAAAGUGGCUCAACCACCAAGAACAAAUUUGUUGUGUGAGAAAUGCUCCUCGCUCAUUUUCUGGUCUUAUUUGUUACUGGUGCAUAUGUUUACUUUGCAAAAGACUCCACAGAAUGCAAUGUUUAAAAGAACAGAAAAAAGAAAUCUGUUUGAAGGCGACUUGCCAAAUGUUUCCAGAACCUACCCUGGACUUGAUCCACAGGAAAAUCUGCACGUGCCACAAACACUAAUGAUGAUGUAUGUAUCAGUGGACGACAAAUACUGCACUCUGCAAAAAGGAUUUAUUUUAAUAAUAAUAGUGAGUCUGAAAAUACAUCAAAAAAAAUAUUUAUCUCUGCCAUUUUCCACAGCACUUUUAUUUUGCUGUAAAUCCCAAAUUGUUCUAAUUUAUUGUUCAUUUGCCUGCAUAUUAUGAGUGUGUUCUGCUUUUUUUUUUUUGCCUUGAACUGUUACUGCACGUUAUUCUUUUUCAAGUACGUUGCAAAUCAUAUUCAUUUGAGUGUUAAUAUAAUUAAAAUAUUGUUUUGCAGUUA